GCCGUUAGCCGCUUAGCUCUGUGGCAGGACGACAGGAGGAAGAAGAAGCCGGGAAAACGGAGGAGAAAAACGCGGACAGCCGGUGGAGAUGGUCCCGGCGGAGGACGGCAAAGAAGUGCGGUGACCGGACAGCGACACUGCCGUAGGAAAAAGCUGCUUCCCGACAAUCAUGCAGUUAUUCCCUGCUCGCCCUCGCCGUUAGAGAGAGAGAGAGAGAGAGUGUGUGUGUGUGUGUGUGUGUGUGUGUGUGUGAUCCAGGAUGGGGUUUGGUCGGGAUCUGAGAAAUUCCCACGAGGGCUUACUGAAGCUGCAGGACUGGGAGUUAAAGCUGCUGGAGACGGUGAAACGUUUCAUGACUCUGCGGGUGAAGAGCGAUAAGGAGUACGCCGCUCUGCUGCUCAGCAUGACUCAGCAAACUGAGAAACAGGAAGCUGCCGACUACGUCAGCACCGUGAGCAAGUCGUGGUCGCAGGUGAUUCGUCAGACGGAGGCGUUGGGUCGAGUGAUGAGGAGUCACGCCGACGACCUGAACUCUGGUCCUCUUCACCGCCUGGCCACGUUGAUCCGAGACAAGCAGCAGGUGAAGAAGAGCUACCAGAGUCUUCAUCAGCAGCUGGAGAGCCACAACCACAAGGUAACCAGGAGCGACCUGGAGAAGCUCAAGGCGACGUAUCGUCAGCUGAGCCGUGAUGCAAACAACGCCAAAGAGAAAUACAGAGAGGCUCUGACGAAAGGCCGGGAGGCGGAGCGUGCCCGAGAGCGUUACGACAAAGCGACAGCGAAGCUCCACAACCUUCAUAACCAGUACGUGUUGGCGGUUUGCGGCGCUCGAACGCAGCAGGAAGAACACAAACUCUGCGCCGCUCCUGCACUGCUCGACGCCCUGCAGAGGAUGCAGGAGGACAUGACACUCGCUCUUAAAAGUAUACUGGAGGAGUACUGUGAGAUCAGCAGUCUGCUGACGGAGGAGAUCGUCAGAGUUCAUCAGGAGAUCUCAGCAGCUGUUCAGCAGAUCGACCCGUUGGCAGAGUAUCAACACUUCAUUGAUGCCUACAGGUCUCCAGAGACUCCGGAGCCGAGCGUGGAGUUCGACGCGUCUCUGUUGGAGGAGACGGACAACCUGCCGGCCAAUGAGAUCCUGUGGAACACGCUGACGGCCGACAGCCUGCAGGCCAUGUUGUCGUCAGCGACGGAGGAGCUGACGCUAACUCAGCAGAAUCUGAGGACGAAGGAGGCGCUGGCUGACGACCUGGACUCCAAGAUCCAGACGAGUCAGCAGAGUGCUGAGAGGAGGAGCGACUGCGUCCUGCUGCUCAGUCAGAAACUCUCUCUGCUCGAGCUUCGUCACGCUGUCCAGUCGCUGCGUGGCUCGGAGGCCCGCCUCGCCUCCCAGAAGGCCCUGCUGGACGCCAAGAUGGCUGCCACCUCCACCUCGCCUCCCCCACCACCACCUCCCCCUGCUCUGCCGUACGAGGACGACGCCCGCUCCGUUGGAUCCACCGAUAAAGCGAAGGAGAGGAGCUCUCGGUUCGACACUCUGCGACACUCUCUGGCCGGAAUGAUCCGAUCUCCUAAAGCCAUGCUGGGCUCCUCGACCUCGCAGUUCUUUGAUGUGAUCCCGACGUCGGAGCGCCCCCUGGCAGAGCAGGAGUGGUAUCACGGUGCCAUCCCCCGCACAGAGGCUCAGGAGUUACUACGGCAACAGGGAGACUUCCUGGUGAGGGAGAGUCACGGUAAACCCGGCGAGUACGUCCUGUCUGUGUUUUCUGAUGAACAGCGACGACACUUCAUCAUCCAGUACGCCGACAGUCAGUACCGUUUUGAAGGGACGGGUUUCUCCACCAUCCCUCAGCUCAUCGAGCAUCAUUUCUCCACCAAGCAGGUCAUCACCAAGAAGUCUGGAGUGGUGCUGCUCAACCCUGUUGUCAAGGAUAAGAAGUGGAUCCUGAACCAUGAGGACGUGGUCCUGGGAGACCUGCUGGGAAAGGGUAACUUUGGCGAGGUGUUUAAAGGGACGCUGCAGCGCGAUAAAACGCCAGUCGCCGUCAAAACGUGUAAAGAAGAUUUACCGCCGGAGCUGAAGAUCCGCUUCCUGUCUGAGGCCAGAAUAUUGAAGCAGUACGACCACCCAAACAUCGUGAAGCUGAUUGGUGUUUGUACUCAGCGACAGCCGAUAUACAUCGUCAUGGAGCUGGUUCCUGGUGGAGACUUCCUGUCCUUCCUGAGGAAGAAGAAGGACGAGUUGAAGACAAAGCAGCUUGUUCGCUUCGCUCUGGACGCUGCUGCCGGCAUGGCGUACCUGGAGAGCAAAAACUGCAUCCACAGGGACCUGGCAGCCAGGAACUGUCUGGUGGGGGACGGCAGCGUGUUGAAGAUCAGUGAUUUUGGGAUGAGUCGUCAGGAGGACGACGGGGUUUAUUCUUCAUCUGGUCUCAAGCAGAUCCCCAUCAAAUGGACUGCACCUGAGGCCCUCAACUACGGUCGUUACAGCUCAGAGAGCGACGUGUGGAGUUACGGGAUCCUGCUGUGGGAAACCUUCAGCCUGGGGGUGUGUCCUUAUCCCGGGAUGACCAAUCAGCAGGCCCGAGAGCAGGUGGAGAAAGGUUACAGGAUGGCGUGUCCUCAGCGUUGUCCUGAAGACGCGUACAAAGUGAUGCAGCGCUGCUGGCAGUACAACCCUGAGGACCGACCCAAGUUCUCCGAACUGCAGCGAGAUCUUGCAGCCAUCAAGAAAAAGUGAUGAGACAGAAGAGAUUAAGAAGAAAGCUGAAUCAUCAUCAGCAAAGACGAGUCACUUUGUUUUUUGUUUUAUUUUUUGUUUUUUUAACGUUAAGUGGGCGUGGUCAACACAUGGGCAUGGCGAACCCAUGGCGGUUCAGAGACACUGACACGGAGUGAAACACUAAAAAAAACUAAAGUCCAGCUGUGUGACGCGUCGGCACAGACUGGGCAUGUCUGUUACCAAAACACUCCGAAAAUCAGUAUGUUAGCGUUUAGCAGUUAACUGAUAGCUGAACUCUCAAUGAGCUACGUUGUAAAGAACCAAACACUGUCAGGAUGGAUGCAGCUAAGCUAGCUGUGUUAGCAUCUGAAACAUUAAAAGCCGACAGCGGCUCGUGUUUCACACUUUAACAUGACUCCAACGUGCCAAUCACGUCAGCAGGUGACAGCGAGCUUUAGGUUACUCUGACAAAUCAUUCGCCAAAAUCUGCUAAAGCUAACAUGCUGACAGAAUCCUCUGAUCAUUUUUAUUAGUGAAAAACACCAAAAUCUUCAAAAAGAGCUGAAACUUAAAUAAGCUAAACACACAGAGACGGAGCUGAGAUUAAACAGGACACACCUGAAGCCACACCCCCAUCACUACUGCAAACGUGACAACAGAGCAACACUAAAAGCAGUCGAACUGCUGAGGACCAAUCAGCUGUCAGCACAUACAUAAACUCUGAUUAUUUUUAUAUCUUCACUAUUUCUAUUUUUUAUUUAUUAUCUUUGAUUUUAAUUUUAUUUCUUUUAAAUUUCUGCCAAUCAUCACACGGACCACGCCCACUCCAACUUUUUUUCUUUUUGUGUUCCAGGAAAUGUUUUUGACCAAUCAGUGAUUUCCAGAUGGUGUCGUUAGGUAGAAAAAAAAUAAGAAAGGUGCCCAAAGUUUUUAUUUUGAAAAACAAAAGGCAGAAGGACAAAGAAAAGUUUUAAAAUAAAACGUCUUAAAAUGGCUCCUCAUAAACAAAUCAUCAGCACUUACUCAGCAUUUUUCAAAAAUCCAAAAAAUACAUAAGAAC